AUGAUAUUGUCCAACAGUACUUUUAAACUCCAAUAUACUUUUACCCCCAGCGGUUACUCCACUACGCAGGCCAGCCUCCGCCUAACGCCCUUCGCCAUCGGCACCUCAAUCGGAAGCCUAGAGGCAGGCCUCAUCAUAAAUGCCACUGGAAAAUACAACACCCUCGGCCAAACCGUCAUGCUAACAUUCGUCCAGGGAGUGCUCCCGGUUUGUGCAUUCCGCCUGACAACCCCGCUCUUUCCACAACUCUUCAACUUUUUCAUGGCCGGCUCCGGUUACGGUGGAACACUAACCGUCACUCUGCUAGUACUAAUCUUCUCAGCAGACCACAGCGAGCAUGCCGUCAUUACAUCUGCUACCUAUGAAUUCCGUUCCAAGGGUAGCACAAUUGGUACCACUAUCGGUAGUUCCAUCUUCCGGAAUGUGUUGGUAAGGCAAUUGCGUGCGCAUUUGGGGAGUGGGGACGCGGGGGAAGGGAUUAAUCUGGAGGCUGAGGGAGAUGUUCGAUGAAUUUGACAGGCUGUCCGAGGUGUGGAAGGGGAAGGCUGCCUUUGCAUAUAUGGAUGCGCUACACACAGUCCUUUGGGCGGAGCUUGAACUGGGUGUUUUGGCGUUUCAGUGUUAUACACAAGAGAGGGAGCAUACACAGCACAAGACGUUGGAUAGGAAGUAG